UACUAGUCCUUGUACAGAAAUUGCAUAGUUUACCAACUGAACUUAGUCCAAUACAAGUGUGUAGUUUGUUUUGUUAGCAUUCUAAAUUUGUCAAUUGGCUUUAGCUAAUGGCUGCAAUUGUACCGUCUGGGGUUGCUAGGAUGCAGCAGGCAAGGAGUGAUCGGAGCUUAUUCUCUACGUCUGAUGACAAUGCCAUGAUGAAACAAAUCCAGGGUACACAUUCUCCUGAUGGCCGUGAAUUUGAUGUCAAACCUAUUCUUCUUAUCAUUGAAGAUGUCAUGCACCGUGCUGCUGCACCCCUUCCUGGCACUAUUAUUUCAAGCACUCUUCAGGGAACUCAAGCCCAGUUGGAUGCAGUGGAUGAGAAAGCUCUCCACAGUGGCUUCUCUGACAUUCUUGAACUUUUAGCCUACACUAUUAACAAGAUUUCCUGUGAGAUAUCAUGCAAAUGUUCCGGGGGAGGGGAUGCACAUGCAACAACAGUGUCACUCUUUAACACACUCUCAAGCUACCCAUGGGAUGCUAAGGUAGUGGUAGCCUUGGCGGCGUUUGCUGUGAUCUAUGGCGAAUUUUGGCUAGUUGCACAGCUUUACCCCACCAAUCCUCUUGCCAAAUCAGUUGCACACCUCAAGCAACUUCCGGAUAUAAUGGAACGGGCUGAAUCUUUGAAACCAAAGUUUGAGGCACUUGGUGGCCUGAUCAAGGCAAUGCUUGAUCUAACAAAGUGCAUUGUAGAGUUUAAGAGCCUCCCCUCACAGUACAUUAGCCAGGACACUCCAGAGAUGGUCACUGCCACUGCUCAUAUCCCGAUAGCUGUUUACUGGACAAUCAGAAGCAUUGUGGCUUGUGCAUCCAUAAUCAUGAACCUUAUAGGCAUUAGUCAUGAGUACAUUGCCUCGACAACGGAGGCAUGGGAACUGUCUAGUUUGGCCCAUAAGGUCAAUAACAUACACAGCCACCUUAGCAAACAAUUGUCACUUUGCCAUCAGCACAUUGCUAUGAUGAAACACGAUGAAGCUUACAGAACUCUUGUUCGUCUGUUUGAAACACCUCACAUUGACAACAUGAAGGUCCUCAAGGCUUUGAUUUACCCGAAAGAUGAUCAGCUCCCACUGUUUGAGAGUUCCACCAAGAGAAGGGUUAGCAUUGAGACACUGAGAAGGAAGAUUGUGCUGCUUCUCAUUUCAGAACUUGACUUUUCCCAAGAGGAGCUUUCACUUUUUGAUUCGAUGUAUAGAGAAGCAAAGCAAAACCCAUCUAGGCCUGAGAGUCAUCAUGAAGUUGUCUGGCUUCCAAUCACAGACAGAUCGACUCCAUGGACUAAUGAAAAGCAACAACAAUUUGAAAGCUCACAGAACACAAUGCCAUGGCUAUCUUUGCAUCAUCCGUCGUUGCUGGAUCCAGCUGCCAUUAAGUACAUUAGGGACUAUUGGCACUUCACCAAGAAGCCUAUUGUUGUGGUAUUGGAUCAACAAGGUAAAGUUGUGAACCUUAACGCCCUCCAUAUGAUGUGGAUUUGGGGUAGCUUGGCUUACCCUUUUACCAGCCUCAAAGAAGAGCAACUAUGGAAAGAAGAAUCAUGGAAAAUUGAGCUACUGGCAGAUUCCAUUGAGCCCUUGAUCUUUAAUUGGAUUAAUGAAGGAAAGUACAUUUGCUUGUAUGGUGGUGAGGACAUUGAUUGGAUCCGCAAGUUCACCACCACAGCUCAAGCAGUAGCGCGUGCUGCCAAUAUCCAGCUAGAGAUGCUAUAUGUAGGCAAAAGCAACCCGAGGGACAAAAUCCGGAAAAACAAUUCAGUCAUUGUUGCUGAAAAUCUUAGUCAUGUUCUGCCAGACCUGACCUUAAUCUGGUUCUUUUGGAUUAGGCUGGAGAGCAUGUGGCACUCCAAAGUGCAACAUGGAAAAUCUGUUGAAAAUGAUCAAAUAAUGCAAGAAAUCAUGAUGAUGCUAAGCUUUGACGGUAGUGAUCAAGGAUGGGCAGUGAUUAGCCGAGGCACAGGAGAUAUGGCUAAAGGGAAAGGUGAAAUGUUUUUGAUGAGUUUGACUCAGUUUGAUCAAUGGAAGGAUCAGAUUGAUCAGAGAGGCUUUUUGCCUGCGCUUAAUAACUAUAUUCAAGAGCUACAUACUCCGCAUCAUUGUAAUCGUUUGAUACUUCCCGGAUCAACAGGCAGUGUACCAGACAUGGUAGCUUGUGCAGAAUGUGGCCGCGCUAUGGAGAAGUUCAUCAUGUACCGUUGCUGCACCGAUUAAGUUCAAUAUCUAAUAAGCAAGCUCCAAUCUUGCAUAAUGAUAUAAUUUUCUCUUUUUCAGUGUGUUUUUUUCUCUUUUAUUGUGUUCUUGAAAUUUUCCAAUGUACUGCUUCAUCUUUCUUGUAAUGUAACAAUAUGAUGUCAAUAAGCAUUGGUUUAAAAAUCA